AUGGAGGUGAUGAUUGAGGAACACUUCACGAACACCGAUGGGUCGACGGAACUCUAUGUAACACAAGAAAGUCUUCUAGCAGAUUUUUCUGCCUUCGUUUUGAUCCGCGAUGCUCCUUUUAAAGAAAAGAUCGAUAACUGUAUGAUGGUCUUCCACACGGCUGGCUUGAUUGGAAAGUGGAAGGAUAAUGCAAUGGAUGAUGUUCGCAGGGACGGUCGAAAAAAGCGAAGAAAAUUAAGAAUUGAGGCCGAAGAAACCAUUGUCACUGCUGAAGGAAUAAUUAAGCCCCUUACCAUGGUGCACAUGCAAGGGCCGUUCCUCCUAUAUAUUCUCUGCGUCAUUGUCUCCUUCAUUGCUUUCUUAGUUGAAGUCGUCAGAGGUCCUUUUCUUCAAAGCAACCAGUAAAUCUCUGAUUUCAAAUAGUUGUAUUUCUCCUUAGUUUUAGUUACAUGAAGAAUACAUGUUUGAUAAUCACUUUGCAAUCAUAUUUUCGGUACAGUAGUGACAUUAAUCACUAGGGGUUGAUGAUAGCCGAUAUAAAU